AUGCCGCAACCUUGGAUAGGCUUAGCUCUGUUGCUUCUUGCCGACUGGAUGCUGCUCCGGCCCGCGCUGCCCAGUUUCGCCUCCCGGCUGGUGCCCACCGCGCCGCCGCUGCUGCGGGUGUGGACGGUGGGGCUGAGCCGCGGGGCUGUGCUGUGGCUAGGGGCGCGCGGGGUCCUCAGAGUUCGUGCCCAGGCUCCGACAGCAAAAGCCCCGGGCUGGCUGGCGGCUCUGGUGCCCUUGGUGGUGGCCCUGAGCUUGGCCCUGCCCGGCCUGGCUACGUUCCGAGCGCUGAGCGCCUGGGGAACCGUCGGGGACACGGAUGGCACCAGGCUCCUGCACUGGGGAAGUCGCCUCGACGCGUUCGUCCUCGGCUACGCCGUCGCCCUGCCCGCCGCUGCCCUGUGCCAUAAACUCGGGGGCCUCUGGGCGCCCGGGGGUCUCGGAGGGUCCGGGGAAACGGUGCGUCGGCUUCUGGGCUGUUUGGGCUCUGCCACCCGCCGCCUCCCUCUCAUCUUGGCCUUCUUGAUCUUAUCCUGUCUCGGGGAGAUGGCUAUUCCCUUCUUCACUGGCCGCCUCACUGACUGGAUCCUGCAAGAUGGUGCAGGCCCGGCCUUCACCCGAAACUUGACCCUCAUGUCCGUUCUCACCAUUUCCAGUGCGGUGCUGGAAUGUCUGGGCGACUGCAUCUAUACCAGCACCAUGGGCCAAGUGCACAGCCUUCUGCAGGGAGACGUGCUCCGAGCUGUCCUGCGCCAGGAAACAGAGUUUUUCCAACAGAACCAAACAGGUGCCAUUACAUCAAGGGUGACAGAGGACACGUCCACCAUGAGUGAAUCUCUGAGUGAGAAGCUGAACUUACUGCUGUGGUACCUGGUGCGGGGUCUGUGUCUCCUGGGGUUCAUGCUCUGGGGGUCACCGACUCUCACCAUGGUCACCCUGCUCUCCCUGCCUCUGCUCUUCCUUCUGCCGAAGAAGCUGGGAAAAUGGCAGCAGUCCAUAGCAGUAAAGGUACAAGGAUCUCUGGCAGAAUCCAGCCAGGUGGCCAUCGAGGCGCUGUCUGCCAUGCCUACAGUUCGAAGCUUUGGCAACGAGGAGGGUGAGAUCCAGAAGUAUAGGCAAAAGCUACAGGACUUGCAGAGCCUCAGCCACAAGGAGGCCCAGGCCUACGCAGUGAAUCUCUGGACCACCAGUAUCUCAGGGAUGUUGCUCAAGGUGGCCAGCCUGUAUAUAGGUGGACAGCUAGUGACUAGUGGGACUGCCAGUAGUGGAAGCCUGGUCACAUUCGUUCUCUAUCAGAUCCAGUUCACCACAGCUGUUGAGGUACUGCUCAACACCUAUUCCAGUGUACAGAAGGCAGUGGGAUCCUCAGAGAAAAUAUUUGAAUAUCUGGACCGGAUUCCUCGCUGCCCUGCCAGUGGUGUGUUGACUUCUGUAAACCUGGAGGGUGUUGUUGAGUUCCGAGAUGUCUCAUUUGCCUAUCCAAAUCAUCCAGAUGCCCUUGUAUUGCAGGGACUGACAUUCACCCUGCGCCCUGGUGAGGUGACUGCACUGGUGGGGCCCAAUGGAUCUGGGAAGAGCACAGUGGCUGCGCUGCUGCAGAAUCUGUACCAGCCCAUGGCAGGAAAGCUGCUGCUGGAUGGGGAGCCCCUUUUCCAAUAUGAGCACCGCUACCUGCACACAAAGGUGGCUGCGGUGGGCCAGGAGCCACACUUGUUUGGAAGAAGCUUUCGAGAAAAUAUUGCCUAUGGCCUGCUACAGAAGCCAACUAUGGAAGAAAUCACAGCUGUUGCCAUGAAGACCGGAGCCCAUGAUUUUAUUUCUAAAUUACCUCAUGGCUAUGACACAGAGGUAGGUGAGUCUGGGAGCCAGCUGUCAGGGGGUCAGCGACAGUCAGUGGCUUUGGCUCGAGCCUUGAUCCGGAAACCACGUGUUCUCAUCCUGGAUGAUGCUACCAGUGCUCUGGAUGCAGUCAGCCAGUCAAGGGUGGAGCAGCUCCUGUAUGAGAGCCCAGAGCGAGUCUCUCGGACUGUGCUUCUCAUCACCCAGCGUCUCAGAUCUGUGGAACAGGCUAAUCACAUCCUCUUCCUGGACGGAGGCACCAUCUGUGAGGCCGGAACCCACCAGCAGCUCAUGGAGAAACAGGGUCGCUACUGGACCAUGCUGCAGACCCCUGGUGGGACGGAGGUCCUGGAAUGAAAGACUUCUCAGACUUCUCUAUGGUGCAAUAGUUUGGGAAUCAAGAUCUUUAUGGAGCUGGAGUAGGCCUGUGCUCCUAGGAGAAGAUACACAUUAAAGCAGCCUGCUGGACUGCCUCGAAUGCUUCCCCCUCUAAGCUCCUCUCGAUAUUACAGAGUUCUUGGAAAAGAGUCUGAAAUAAGAAAGGGAAGAUUAUUACUUCCCAGAUAUGACCAAGGGCUUAUGAGCAGAUGUUGGGCCAUAUGUACAUGUAGAUUGUUAAUAUUUAUAAUAAAGUCGGUGUUUUCUUUUGUUUGUUU